CGCAUCUUGUUUACCAGAGUAUAAAAUAGUGAUGCUGGCACACCAUAGUGCACAUCAGACCUGAAUCAUGACGUUCCUGACCAUAAUCACCAUUUCUGCUGUUCCUCUCCUCUUACUCAGUUGUGGAGGGAUGUGUGAGAAGAUAAUUGGAGGUAGAGAGGUUGCACCACAUUCGAGACCUUACAUGGUCUAUCUUAGUGCCGACUGUGGAGGUGCUCUGAUUAAGGAGAACUGGGUCCUGACAGCAGCACACUGUCACAGAAAUGGAUUUGUGCAGGCAAUACUUGGAGCUCAUUCCCUUAAUGGAAAUGAAAAGGGACAGCAAAUAAUUGAAGUAGAAGAGCAAGUGGUCCAUAAACACUAUGACAACUCAAACUAUGCCAAUGACAUCAUGCUGGUAAAGCUGAGCAAGAAAGCCACCAUCAAUCAGUAUGUGCAGAUGCUUCCACUGCCUACCAGUGAGGUGGACCCCCCAGCAGGUACCAGCUGCAGGAUCACAGGAUGGGGGAGAACUGAAUAUCACGGGAAACCAGCCGAUACACUUCAAGAAGUCACUGUCAAGGUUAUAAGCAGACAAGAAUGUAAUAGAAGAGAUUCUUACAAUGGGAAACUAACACCAAGCAUGAUGUGUGCUGGAGAACGCAAUGGAAGAAAGGAUGUCUGUACUGGUGAUUCAGGAGGUCCGCUUAUAUGUAAUGAGAUUUACACAGGCAUUGUUUCCUUUGGUGUUGAAUGUGGGAAAAGAAACUUUCCAGGAGUCUAUACUCGCCUCACUGAUGAUUAUCUACACUGGAUCAAGAGAGUAACACAAUACUGAAUGAUUUUGUUGUUUUCGUGUUACAAUUGCAGGAAGUGCUAUUUUUUUCUUUUAGUUUAUGCAACAGAUUUCAGAGUCACAAAAUAAUUUUAUUUGAACAUAAUUAAACAGUAUUUUACACUGCUGCAUGAUACACUUCAGUGAAUUGAUCCAUCUUACUUCACAUCUACACAAAGACUGUAUUUAUACUGUGACAUAGUGCUUAAGUUGACAUUCUCUGUAAGUUAUGCCUAAGAAUUAAGACCAGAACAAAUUAAUUUAGAAAAAAAAAUAACUCAAUAAAAUUUGAAAGAUAUUAAAAUGUUUUAUAAAGGAUACUGAAAAAUGUCCAACUACUGUUAAAAUAAAACUAAAAAUUAGACGUGAGACCAUACAAAUAUCUCACAAUACAACUCAUAAUGUGAUUGAAGCUUCACAAUAAUGGAAUACUGUUUGUGCCAAAAUAAAAUGUAAUUUAUUUAUUUGAUAA